AAGAGAUGUAAUUUACAUGAUAUUAGAAGUCUGGAUGCAAGUACAAGCAUAGAAAGUUUGUAGAGAAAGAGCAAUUGUACUAAUUUCUGGAAGAUGGGUCUUCUUAUCUAGUUUCUCAGAAAUGGCAAAAAAUGUGUGUCUGCCUGUGAUAUGUGUACUCGUUUCCAUCUUCAACCAAGGAAAGGAAAUAGUUUAACAAGAAAUGGACGCAGAUGAAGAAGAGAGAGACUUGUAUGCAGAAUUUCUUGAGAAUUGGAAUACUCCCACUCCCAUUCCCACUCCAACUCCAACUCCAACUCCAACUCCAACUCCCAUUUAUCCAGACCAAAAUCCUUUACCCCAUUUUGAUGUUGAAGAGGCAGAUACAUCCAAACAAGGUCCCAUUUAUUCACACCAAAAUCAUUUGCCCCAUUUUGAUGUUGAAGAGGCAGAUACAUCCAAACAAGGAGACAUACUUCCGGUGUUGGUUAGAGACACAUACUAUGAUAAAGUGCUGGGACAUGCCACAGAUGGAAUUGAUAUAGCAGCUUUGCUCAACCCAUCACCAUGCUUCAGUAUUCCUAUUCCAAUCACAAUCCCUUUUCCUAUUCCAGUUCCUAGAGCUGUCGAAUGCGGACGCGUACCUGCUACAAAAACUGAGUUCAGCCAAUGUGAUUUUAUCCGCAAAUUAGGGGUUAUGCUUUACUCAAACAAAAGAAUAAACCUAGAUGAUUUUGGAGAAAAGAUGUGGAGAAACCCGGGAGCGAACACCACUGAAUUCUUUAACUAUGGAUUGGACGAACAACAAUGGAACGAUUACUGCAAACAGAUGCAUGCGUUUAUACAUCACCGGACUCCACAACCAACUCACUCAAUCGAGGUCUCUGUUAUCCUAGUUUGUCUUCCGAGUAACAAAGAUCAUACAUUCUGAUGCACCACUUCUAUUUCGCAUACUCAUCACAUGAAUAAUGAUAGUUGUUUCUCUACUUCAGGAUGGGGAGAUAGUGGAGGAUUGAAUGCAUCAACCAGAGCUCUUACACAAACUACAGAUGUAUGACCACUAGUUCUACACCCACAGACCACAGACCUAUCAAUUUCCUAAGCAAAUCAAGUACCGGUCCCUUGCAACAAUGAUGCUGAAGGAUCCAGAAACAUUUGAGACUUCAUACUGAUCCCAUUGCAGGAUCACUGACUUCACCUUUGUAAGGCUGAGAGAAGCAGAGCUGCUUCUUAAGACUUCAUUUUACAUGGUACAAUUAAUGAUUCAAUAGUGUUUGCAGAAUUUCUGAUUGCAGGAAACCCCUUUGAACUUCGAAAUUUUACUUGAUAGUAAUAAAAUAUACUACUAUUGUAAUAAUGGAGUGCUCAUUUCAGUUGGAAGAAGAAGGCAGAAGA